CGUGAUUCGUCAUCUCUUAAUACAAUACCCAUCUCUACACAUAUAUUCUGCUCUGAACUUCAUCCCCUUUAAUCGCUAUCUUAGCUCGAUUUCUUGCGCGGUCAUAAAUUCACCUUCAACCACAUUCACCCCUCGUCGUUUUCAUCAACACUAUCAGCCAUCAUACUAGAUCUCAAUGGCUCGCCUUAUGAUCCAUUCCAUCUUAGGGGCUCUCUUCAUCGUCUUCGGCUCUGUUGCUGCUGACCCGCCUGUUAUUAACACCCCACUAGGUGUUGCUCAAUGUCUCCCUUCGUCCAUCAGUUUUGGCCAAGGCCUUCCGCCGUACUACAUCUCGGUGAUUCCCGGUGGCCAACCCUCAGCUGCUUCACUUAUGGAUUUCCCUGUGUUGUCCGAAUCUCCAUACCGUUGGGUUGUUAAUCAGCCUGUUGGGACGUCGAUAACACUUCGGAUCAGGGAUUCCAAUGGACAAUUGAACUAUUCUCAGCAAGUCACAGUGCAGCCCGGCAACACCGACUGUUUAUCGGGUGGCGGCUCCACUCCUGCUCCUGCUCCUGCUCCCACCACUCCGCAGCCUCCAGCUACCCCAAACACCACUUCUGCCAAUCCGCCAACUACCACUGGUGUUUCCACUCCACCUACCAGCAAUACAUCUGCAUCAAUGAAUACGACACCUACAAAGAACACCACUACAGCCACCAAUUCUACCAGUUCCACCAAUUCCACCAAAGGUUCAUCUCCCUUCAUCGCACCCGCGAAUACUACCUCGACCACUCCUAAUACAACCACCUCAUCUGACAACCCUGCCGCAGCAGGUGCAAACUCGGCUGCAGCCACUUUAGGAUUCAGCUUGUCGGCCUUGAGUACCCCUUUUGUAGUUGGGAUGAUCAUAAGUCUGUUUGCUUGAUCACCAUCACACACAACAUAGUAAACAAAUCUUAUUGAAUUUCUUUAUCUGUUUUAUCUGUUUUAUCUGCUUUUCUUCAUAAAAUUGUUUUCUAUUGCAUCUUGACUUAUUCUUGUGCUUCGCACCGCUGAUUAAAUAUUAUGACCAUGUGUUUUAAAGUUAACCCUUUCAUUGAGU